GGGGCGCCUCUAUCCUUUUGCAAAGGGAACCUAGGCUCUUCUUUUGCAAUUGCAAAUUGGGAUCCCUGGCUGGAUCUGCAGUGCAGAAGCGCAGAGCGGCUGAGGUUGAAGCAAGAAGAGGCGACCCAAAAGGGAUUUAAAUCAGCAGAGACAAGGGGAAAAGCACGGACCCAUUCACUCCACAGCCUUGAGCAGACUCCAAUUCAGUAUUAUUAUUCAAGCCAGAAAUUUGUACCCUUUUUCCCCCUUUUCGAGGACCGCAGCAUAAUGGGGAAACAGAAUAGCAAACUGGCUCCUGAAGUGAUGGAGGAUCUGGUGAAGAGCACAGAGUUUAAUGAGCAUGAACUGAAACAGUGGUACAAAGGAUUUCUAAAAGACUGCCCUAGUGGGAGACUGAACCUAGAAGAGUUUCAACAGCUUUAUGUAAAGUUUUUCCCAUAUGGAGAUGCUUCGAAGUUUGCCCAGCAUGCGUUCAGAACCUUUGAUAAGAAUGGCGACGGAACCAUCGACUUCAGAGAGUUCAUUUGCGCACUCUCCAUCACUUCCAGAGGCAGUUUUGAACAGAAACUAAACUGGGCCUUCAAUAUGUAUGACUUAGACGGAGAUGGAAAAAUCACAAGGGUAGAGAUGCUGGAAAUUAUAGAGGCCAUUUAUAAAAUGGUGGGCACAGUGAUCAUGAUGAAAAUGAACGAAGAUGGCCUCACACCGGAGCAACGAGUAGACAAGAUUUUCAGCAAAAUGGAUAAGAACAAAGAUGACCAGAUCACACUGGAUGAAUUCAAAGAAGCUGCAAAGAGCGACCCUUCCAUCGUAUUACUCCUGCAGUGUGACAUUCAGAAAUGAGGAGCUCAUGUAAAAUGCUUUCAUGGACUGCACAGAAGUUUCAAUGUUCCAUUCGGUUUGCAGCUAUUUCCACACACACACACACACAUACAUACACACACACAAACACAAAACAAACAAACAAAAAUUGCUUGGACUACCUAUCAAUGGACUUGCUUCUUGUGUUUGAAACACUUGUGUGCAUGAGAAUGUCAAUUGCUAAAGAAUUUUAAAAGUAUAUAUUAUAAAAAUAAUAAUAAUAAUUAUGCCACGAUGUGAUGUGUGCAACGUCAUUUCAUAAGUCCUAUUCCUCUGAUGCCUGUGCAGCAUUGCCAUGCUGCAGUGAAUUAUACUAUUUAUUGUUCAUGUUUUACUGAUGCUAGCUAUAUGUCUCUUAAACUGGGUAAUGUUAGUGACACUGAAACCCCAUGAUAGUGUAAAACCGUUCAUUAGCAAAUCUGUCACCAUUCUGCUGUAUAGUAGUAGUGGACAGACCAAGGGAAGCGCUUCAGUUCAUUAAGUGUCUGAUCCAGACAUGUGCUUGUAUUGUCGGUGAAUAUAAAUGUACUUCAUUUGCAUGACUUUUAGGUUUGCCUUAAUUCUUACCUCAUUUGCAUCCUUUCUAUCGGGAAAACAGAAGAAGAAGAAGAGCUAUGUCAGAGGAAUGAAGUAUAAGACAAAACUUGGGAGAAAAGCCAAUCCUGUUAAAGUGUUCCCUCAGUGAAAGCCAACAUAUAAAUAUAUAUAAUAUAAAUAUAUACAAAACACAUUUAAAAUACUGUUUUACUGGAAGUUUAAAAUGUUUUGUUGGGAGUGUAUUACUUUCUGCUUGAAAUUUUCAUAAGCUUCCAAAGAGGUUGAGAUCAAUGUCCCAAAAUAAAUUUAUAACAUUUGA